GGCGACCCUCGGCCCCCGGCCCGCGCCCCCGGGGCCGUGGCGCGCAGGGCAAUAGCGCGGAGGCCGCUGAGGCCGGACUCGCUGGUCAUCUACCGGCAGAAGUGCGAGUUCACGCGCGGGCAGGACGCCGACAGCUUCAGGGGCGGCCUGGUGAGGAAGCUCUUCCCCGGGCCUGGCAAGGACAAGACGGCGGUGCCCCCUGAGACGUCCCCAGCGGGAGAGGGGGGCAGGGCCAGGGGCGAGGAGGUGGUGCCAACCAAGCCCGGCCCCACCGUGGCCCCUGCGCCCCCCGCGCGCCCCAGCGUCCCAGCUGCUCCCUCGAUGCCCUCAGCGUGCCCCACAGUCCCAGCUGCUCCUCCAACCCCGGAGCUGCGAGCCAGGCGCAGGGGGCUGCAGCGCUCGCAGUCGGACCUCAGCUCCCGCUUCUCCAUGUCCGCGGCCGAGUUCGACGCCUUCUUCCAGCUGUGCGGCCUGGAGCCCGAGGUGGUGGAGGCGCUGGGGAGGGAGAACUUCUCCGUGGGGUCCGACCGCGUGGCCCUCAAGGUCCGCAGCGUGAGCGUCGCCACCUCCGACAGCGGCUUCUCCCGGCGCAGCGGCGGCGACGAGGGGCUGCAAGAGGAGGCGCUGACGGAGCAGGUGCCCAGCACCACCUCGGUGGUGGAGAGGAACGCGCGCAUCAUCAAGUGGCUGUACACCUGCCGCAAGGCCAAGGAGACCCCG